AUGGAAGGUGUCGGGGAAACAUCCAGGGGGCGGUUUGAGGACGAGAGUGGGGAAGAGGGGGGCGACUUGGGUGAAGGAGGAGGUGACGACUGGAGCCGUGUCAUCUCUGACAUGACUGCCGCCGCCGCUGCCACUGGGCAGGACACGCUGGAGUGGAGAGCAGGGGAGCCGGUGACGCCGCAGCAGGUCCUGCAGCUGGACUGCUACACUCCAGCAGGAGGUGAAGCUGAGUGCAUCUCCCUGGCAGAUUAUUUGUGCCUUCCAGAGGACAAUAUCUACAACAUCAACUUCUCUCGCUUCAAGAUCAGAGACCUGGGCAGUGGUGCGGUCAUCCUGGAUAUUAAAAAGCAUCGUCCCUUAGAGAUUCAGGAAGUGAUCGAUCUGGACCCCAGCAGGUUCAUCCAGUACCACUUCUCUCCAGCUUUCCUGACCCUCAAAGAGAUUGGAGCGACCCUGGAGUUCACGGUGGGCAGCCGGGCGCUCAACAGGUUCCGUCUGAUAGAGCGACACUUUUUCAGAAACCUGCUCCUCAAAACCUUCGAUUUUGAGAUUGGCUUCUGCAUCCCGCACAGCAGGAACACGUGCGAGCACAUCUACUGCCUGCCCGAGCUGGACCCGGCCACAGUGGCAGAGAUGAUCAGCAACCCCUUCCAGACACGCUCAGACAGCUUCUACUUCGUCAACAACAAGUUGGUGAUGCAUCACAAGGCGGAAUAUUCCUUCAGCAGCGGAGAAAACUGCGAGUGA